UUACAACACAUUUUCAAAAGCCGAAACAUUCUCCCAUUGGGCAAUCUUACGGUUCGAAUCAUUCUCGACAAGUGGAAUUAUCUGCGGCUAUCGUGAACGAUCUAAUCAUAUCUCUGGGUUUACCUUUGUCAAUUGUAGAUCGGUCGGCAUUCAUUAAUUUCAUGAGCAAAGUUGAUCCGAAGUUCACCGUCACAAGCCGACGAACUCUAACUCGAAAGACGAUUCCCAUUUUGUAUGAACAAAUGAAAAAUCGGUUGAAAAUGCUCUGCACAACAGCAACUUUUCUAUCGUUGACGUUAGAUGUGUGGACGGACAGAAGAAUGAGAUCGUUUUUUGCCGUUUCAGCACACGCCAUCGUUGAUGGUAAUUUUAGAUCGUUUGUUGUAUGUUUUACUCCCUUGUGGGGGAGCCACUCAAGUUCGUUACUGCUUGAGAAAUAUGAAGAGAUUGUCAGUGCGUUUGGCAUUAAAGACAAGGUUAUUCGCUUGGUUACCGACAAUGCCGCAAACAAUAUUAGCGCGUUUCAAGACAUCAUUAUUCCUGGUUUUGAACAGUACUUCAUUCAAGAUGAAAAUGAGUACACGAGUGAUGAGAACGAUGAUAUCCAAGCGAAUGAUGGAGAUAUUAGUGACGAAUAUGAAUAUCCACCGGAGCAACUAUCAACAACCACCUCUUCGCCGAAUACAGAUUUAACCUCGGAAGAUCUCAUUCAAGAAUCACUGAAGAGAUUGAUGGAGAACAACGAGGCUUUUCGAAUCCCUUGCUUUGCUCACACCAUUCAGCUGGUCGUGAAGGAUGGCUUGAAGCAAUGCCAAUCAAUUAUAUAUGCGUUGGAAAAGGUUUCUGCGAUUGCCAAACUUGCUCACACCAGCACAAAAUUUGCAGAAAGGUUAGAUGCGAUGAAAGUAUCUAUUCCUCGAGCAGUCAUCACAAGGUGGAAUUCUCAGUUUCUAACGGUGGAACGAAUCCUUACUAUACCAUCUAUUGAAUUGAAUGAAACCUUGGUUCAAUUGAAAUACAAGCAUUUGUGUUUGAAUGCGCGUGAUUUAUCCAUGCUCCAAGAGUUUGUUUCCUUGUUAUCGUUGCUCGCGCAGGCAACAACAGCUACUCAACGUCAAAAAACACCAUCUAUUUCAUUUGUUGCACCCAGCAUCUUAGCUAUCUAUUUCGACUUAUUGAAUGAGAAAAAACACGUUCAGCACACCACAACGAUAUGUGAUGCAUUGUUAUGUUCCUUGAUAUCGAGAUUUGGCGGAUUACUCGAACAAAUGGAGAUCGAUGUUACCGGUGUUGGUGUUAAUUUUCAAAUUAACAAAAAGUUCUAUGAUCUCUAUAAAGAUCCUGUUUUUCUUUUUACACCUUUCCUCGAUGGCAUGUUCAAAGUUCGCUGGAUUACGGAGUCUUUGCUUGAUGACUCGUCGAAGGAAAGGUUAUGUGAAAAAGUCAAGAAACUAGUGUUCGAUCACUGUUUGCUUAUUGACCAUGGCACACUUGAUGUUCAACUCGUUGAUCCAACUGUAACCGAAUCACGUCAAGAAGUACAAGGUACUUCGUCUUCAAGUCUAACGAUGGUCAAAAGAAAAUGUCUCUUUGGAAAUAUCGAACAUGAUCUCACACAGAUCAAGAAGCCGAAAACUGUCGAUUCCUUUAAUUACAUCAAAGAAGAGAUAUGUCGAUACAUCAAUGAUGAUGACAAUAGUAAUAUGGUUUUGAUCAAUUCGACAACCUCUCAUUCGUACAAAACGUUGGCCAAAUUAGCUGUCAAAUAUUUAUGCAUCCCAGCAACAUCAGCUGCUGUGGAAAGAGUUUUUUCUCAGAGUGGUUUCCUCUUUCGUUCUCAUCGUGCACGAAUGUCCCGAAAGACUCUGAAACAACUUACUUUAUUGAAAUGUAAUGAUGGUAUUGUGUAA